ACAACACGGAAGCACAGUAGCAGCAAUUACGAAUUACGAUAACACGAGUGUGGCUGUGGUGCGUUUCCACGCGGCCGUGAACGACCGUUCCCGUCGUCGAGAGUAAGAAUCGCUCGACGUUUGUUGCACGUAGGAUCUUCGUCAAUCGAAAGAGAAUUCUCGCGACGACUUCUCGGUGAUUGUGAUGAUGCAGCAACGCUUGUUGUCCCGUCAGCGAUAACAACGCGAUGACGACGACGACAACGACAACGACGACGAUGACGACGACGACGACGACGACGACGACGACGAUGUCGCCCGCGUCCCGGCAGUGAGCUCGGCGACCAUGGUGGUGAUGUUAAUGACAUCGCGAGUGCAACGUGAAACUGCCGUCGCAUUUUGAUUUGCGUUACGCCGCGAGCCGCGUACUUCGUAUUCCGACCCCGACGACGGGGUCGUCAUCGAACCGGAGUGAUCAUCCGCUGGACAAAAACAAUCCCGGAGCGCAAUGGCAGCGCACAAGACGGUUGGGCAGAAUGCUCGUAAAAAAAUACAGGUGUCUAUGGUUAUAAGAGAUGAGGUGGAGAAGCAGCACAGAGCUGGCAUUAAUUCGUUGCAAUACGAUCCAGGUCUGCAUAGACUAUAUUCUGCUGGGAGAGACAGCAUUAUAAGGAUAUGGAAUUGUAGAAAUAUCAAAGAUCCAUAUAUCCAGUCAAUGGAACAUCACACAGAUUGGGUCAAUGAUAUAGUUUUGUGUUGUAAUGGCAAAAAUAUUAUAUCCGCAAGUUCUGAUACAACCGUUAAGGUGUGGAAUGCGCAUAAAGGUUUUUGUAUGUCCACAUUGCGCACUCACAAAGACUAUGUCAAAGCGUUGGCAUACGCCAAAGACAGAGAGCAAGUCGCUAGUGCUGGCCUGGAUAAGUCAAUAUUUCUCUGGGACGUUAAUACACUAACCGCUCUUACUGCUAGUAAUAACACGGUGACGACGUCGUCACUGAACGGAAACAGAGACUCGAUAUACAGUCUGGCGAUGAACCAAAGUGGCACAAUUGUAGUGAGCGGCAGCACGGAAAAAGUUCUCCGAGUAUGGGAUCCGCGAUAUUGUAGUAAACUUAUGAAACUUCGUGGACACACGGACAAUAUUAAAGCGUUAGUCCUGAACAAGGACGGUACUCAGUGUUUGUCCGCGAGUUCCGAUGGCACUAUCAAAUUGUGGUCUCUCGGCCAGCAAAGAUGUGUACAGACUUUCCGAGUUCACAAGGAAGGCGUAUGGGCUUUAUUGGCAACUGAGAACUUUACACACAUGAUAUCUGGCAGUAGGGACAAAAGAAUAGUAAUGACAGAAUUGAGCCAUCCUGACAGAUAUACAGUUAUCUGUGAAGAAAAGGCACCUAUACUCAAGAUGGCUAUGAUACCGGAUCAAUCCAGUAUUUGGGUUGCAACCAGCGAAUCAACUAUCAAUAACUGGUCUAUAAGUCAAAAGGAUUGGCAGGAGUUAGGAAUUGGCGAUUAUUGCGAUUCGGCCAGUAAUAUGUCAAAUAACAUCUUAAGGAAUACUGAACCUACACAAAAAAUACUAGGCGCUCCCGCUAUAAGACACUAUCACAUAUUGAACGACAAGCGAUACAUUUUGACGAAGGACACAGAGGAAAAUGUUGCCUUGUUCGAUGUACUAAAGGCGUGUAAAGUGGAGGAUUUAGGUAAAGUCGAUUUCGAACAGGAAUGUAAAAAGAGAAAUAAACUAGUUUACGUUCCAAACUGGUUCAACGUUGAUCUCAAAACGGGGAUGUUAACUAUACACUUAGGACAAGACGAAAAUGAUUGUUUCUCUGCAUGGGUCUCUGCCAAGGAGGCCGGUCUGGCGGAAAAUGAUGCUGUAGAUCAGAAAGUGAAUUAUGGAAACCUCUUAUUGCAAGCGUUGCUCGAGCACUGGUGGAGACCGCUCCACGCCGACGACGAAAAUGAAGGCAAUGGCAACGAUGAAAACGGUCCUAUGCACACGAAAGGAGGGAAUCCAUACUUUUCAGUACCUAGUCACACACCAGUCAUUUUCAGCGAAGUGGGAGGCAGAACUGUUUACCGAUUGUUGGUUCGAGAUGCCGCGGGUGAAACCGAGGGUGUUCUGCUGACCGAGACGGUACCUCCAUGGGUGGUAAAUAUUGUCGUCAACAAAAAUCUUCCAUCAUUCAUAAAAAUACCAUUCUAUCUUCUUCCACAUUCGUCUUCGGGCGUAAAGAGUUUGAAAAAGGAUCGGUUGAUCGCGAACGAUUUUAUACAAGUGCGUAAAGUGGCGGAACACGUUUACGACAAGGUGCUUGGCGCGGGAAGCGAUUCGGGUUCCGUAGCCGGAGGUGGGAAUACAGUUUCUAGCGGAUCUCCAGCGGGUGACAGGACGAACACGGAUUCCAACACUGAUAAUUCCUCAUUGGCCGAGGAAAAGGUCGAACUCCUAUGUAACGAUCAGGUUUUGGAUCCUUCGAUGGAUCUGAGAACAGUUAGACAUUUUAUCUGGAAAAGUUCGGCGGAUUUAACACUUCAUUAUCGCCCUGUUAAAUAGUUAGGAUUAACUACGUUGCAUCGUGAGACUUUACAGUGUGCCUGGUUUUAUACCAUGAAUAGUGGAAAAUACAUGGGCUACUUGCAGAGUAUGGUACCUUGUGCCACCUUCUUCUUAGGUAAUGAUCACCUGGAUUUGCCGGAUGUUUCGUGUGAGGCGGAAGCGAAGGAGAGCGAGGCGUAUCUGGAAUAUUAGGACGUAAAAGCGCGAAGCUCGAAGGCAAUAAUGUGUGGAAGUAUUAACGUAAAAUUGCUCACUUUUAUACACCUGCAUCCUGCGGCCAAAUUCACACACACACACACACAUACACGUAACACGUACACAACACGGAGCAUAACAUUCAUGACUAAUCUGCUUGAGAGUAGCAUGCUUUUUGUACCUGGAUAUAGAGUUUAAAGUGCUUGUCAGCCAUUCAUCGUCUUCCCACUUCAAAACAAAACUAUCAAUAAAGAGCGUAAUAGCACAAAUGUAAUAACGAAAAAGGGGGGGAUGGAUGACCGCAUGGCCGAAGAAAAAGAAAUGUUCGGUUUCGUUGGGUCUAACGGAUUCAGGUGAUCCUCCGACACACGAAAAGAAUUUCUAUGCUUCUCUUUUCUUUAAUUCUAGUUUUUUUUAGCUGUACUCUCCGUAACCGUUACGCAGAAUCGCCUCUUGGUUUUUUAGUAUUGUAAUAAGAGUAUUGAGUAUUUAUUGAAGGAUAUGAGAGAAAUUCUACAAUGGUGUUUUGUUACACGCAUGCAUGCAAAUGUGUAUUCCAUACCUGCCUUGUUAUAGUAGACAGAGAGAAAGAGAGAGAGAGAGAGAGAAAGAGCAAAGAGAAGAAAUAUAUACAAAUAUAUAUGAAAGAGAAAUGAGAGAAAGAGAUAUGUCAAUUUAUCAUUAAUCAAAUUAUAUUUGAAUAGCCAAAUUAGAAGUUCAAUAUUUCCUAUUGUUCCAAGAGAAGAAAAAAAUGUACUUGUCUGUGCAUUAUAGUAAGGUCAAAUUCUGUCCCGAUUGAAAUUAAAUAAGACAUAUAAGUAUAUGUAUACAUAUUUAACACUAAAAGAAAUAGAGAUUUAUGUGUGCAUGAUUACAAUCCAUCGCGCGCGCGCGCGCACGCACGCACGCACGCGAAUAUAUCUCAUUGAUAUCGCAAAUAGCGCAGCACAGAUCUACAGUAUUAAACAGAAUUUGAUCUUGGGAGACGAGUUUUAAAACAAAUUUACGUAGUGUUGUUCUUGUGUUAAUAGAGAUAAGUUUUUUUUUCCUCAAUUCUACAAUUGUAUAUAUACAAUAUAAACACACACAGACUGUGAAUAAUGUCCAUUAAUAGUAGGCCAUAUGAAUAAAAAUUUUGAUCAGAUCUUUAUUGGACAAACUCGACGCCAAUAAUGUUGUUUGCUAUUACACCGCAAGUAGUGAAAUUUCGAAGAGAAAAAAAAAGAGAAACUUGUGUAACUAGUUUUUAUUAAUAUGGUCUGAGAAAUGCAUCGUUUGCGUCAUUUAAGUUUUGCGUGUGUGUGUGCAGGAGCGAAUAGUGUUUUAUAAUAAAAUGCAAAUGUACAUCGUUCUCACUUUACCAGAGUAUACAUUGCAAUUUUAUAUUUAUUUUUCAAAACCUUUAGACUUUAAACCUCGAUUUGGCGAUGCUUUAGAAUUUAUUUGCUAUCGCUUUUCUUGUCUUUCUGUCUAAAAGUUUCCGGCACGCGAUGCUUUUUUUGUACUUUAGGUCGCACGCGAGCGUUGGAAUUGCGAGCAAUUUGAAAAUCAAACAAUUGUCGCAGAUCGUCGGGAUGUUCGCGAUAUAUAGAUCCAGCGCGACAAAAAAAAAAAAAAAACAUCGUGUGCCGUAGGUUU